AUUUUUCUGUUUUCAACUCUUCCAUCACACACAAAUAUUAAUCUCUUUCUCUCUCUAAACUCUCUCUUUCUCUCUCUUGGCGGGAACAGCAGCUAUUGAAAGUUUGGGUCACAGGCUUACUUGAAGCAUUCCAUCAAUCGCUAUUUCAGAGGUUCUUCUGUCGAGGAAGACAUUGUUCUUCUAAGUUGCGAUUGAAGACAAAUGGUGAUGAAAGGUCCAGCAGAGGAAGAGAAGAUAAGUCCGAAUAUGAGGCAAUAGCAUAUUAACAAAAAGGUUGAGAUCUCUCUCAUUUAGAGAACUUGGAUUGCAAUUUGGACUAGUUGGAUUACUAUGUAGUUGAUGCUUGAACCACUUGCAAAAUGUUGUGCUGUGGAGGUGCAGAGGAGGAGCCUUACGGUCAACCUACAAACCAACACACCAACCCACCAAAUGGGAGACCUUAUGGUAAUGAAGGAAUGUCGAAGGGUCCCAAUGUAGCUAAAAAUGGGGCACCCCAAAAGGUCUUACCCAUUGAAACACCAGCCUUAUCAUUAAGUGAGCUCAAGCAAUUAACAAACAACUUCGGAACAAAGGCUUUGAUAGGAGAGGGGUCUUACGGACGAGUUUUCUACGCUACUCUUCAAACUGGUCAAGCAGCUGCUAUAAAGCAGUUGGAUCCGAGCUCCUUCCAAGAAUCUGAUGCUGACUUUGCAGAGCAGUUGUCCAUGGUUUCAAGACUUAAACACGAGCACAUCGUCGAGCUAAUUGGGUACUGUUUGGAGGCAAAUAACAGGAUCUUGGCUUAUCAAUAUGCAACCAUGGGAUCAUUGCAUGACAUCAUACAUGGUAGGAAAGGAGUACAAGAUGCCGAACCAGGUCCAAUACUUGACUGGAAUCAGAGGGUAAGGAUAGCUCAUGGGGCUGCCAAAGGCCUGGAGUAUCUGCAUGAGAAGGUUCAGCCUCCCGUUAUACAUCGUGACAUUCGAUCAAGCAAUGUCUUGAUCUUUGAUGACUACAGUGCCAAAAUUGCAGAUUUCAAUCUAACGAGUCAGGCCCCUGACAUGGCAGCUCGCCUCCAUUCAACUCGUGUGUUGGGAACCUUCGGCUACCAUGCACCAGAGUAUGCAAUGACAGGACAAUUAACACAAAAAAGUGACGUCUACAGUUUUGGGGUCGUUCUUCUCGAGCUCCUAACUGGCAGGAAACCAGUAGACCAUACAAUGCCUAAAGGGCAACAGAGUCUUGUUACAUGGGCAACUCCGAGAUUGAGUGAAGACAAAGUAAAGCAGUGUGUGCAUCCAAAACUAAACAAUAACUACCCACCAAAGGCUGUUGCAAAGAUGGCAGCAGUUGCAGCACUGUGUGUUCAAUAUGAAGCUGAUUUUCGACCGAACAUGACAAUUGUUGUCAAGGCACUCCAACCCCUUCUCAACUCUAGGCCAGGAGGAACAGAGUCCCAUGCUUGAGUCAUUCUCUCUCUCCCUCCCUCCUCCUCUCCC